AUGAGUUUCCAAGACAAAGUGGUGCUGGUAACUGGUGGCAGCUCUGGUAUUGGAGCAGCCAUUGCCAUCAAGUUUGCUGAAGAAGGUGCUAAAGUGGCAAUAGUGGGAAGAAACCAAGAGAAACUGAAUGAUGUUGCGAAGAAAUGUGGUAAUCCUUUAGUGAUACAAGCUGACGUCACCAAAGAUGAAGACAUCAAAAGGAUUGUCAAUGAAACGGUAAAAAAUUUCGGUCAAAUUGAUGUAUUAGUUAACAAUGCUGGUAUUGUGCAAAUAGCAAGUAUCGAAGCGGAGAAUGCUAUAGAAGUGUUUGACAAAGUAAUGUCAACUAACUUGCGCUCAGUGGUAUAUUUGACCAAUCUUGCGGUCCCUCAUCUCAAGAAGACUAAAGGUAACAUAAUCAACAUAUCAAGUAUUGCCGGAAUUCGUGUGCUUUCUAAGGAAGGUUUCUGUUAUGAUACAUCGAAGGCAGGUCUGGAUCACUUCACUAGAUCUAUCGCACUCGAAUUAGCUUCUAGUGGCGUUCGUGUGAAUGUUAUCAACCCAGGUCCUGUUAAGACUGAUAUCAUGUCAAACAUGGGUACUCCUAAAGAGAUGGAAAAUGUUAUUUUGAAAAACAUGCAAGGGAUGACAGCUUUGGGAAGGAUUUCAGGGCCGAAGCCAUUACUGGUUCAUCAUUUGUGA